UAUGUAUGUUUUUGUUUAUGUUUGUGUUUAAUGGAGUAUAUGUGCCAUUAAAUUGUAAGAGUAAUUCUUUGAGACGAAGUUGAGCUAUCCUUGCACAAAAAUGCCACUCAACAAAGCCGUUUGGCCGUAGACGACACGGCACACCCGUGCCUCAUGCAGUCAUGCACGGGCUCAAGCAUGUGCAGCCUGACUGUUAAAACCAAAACUCGGGCCCCACAAUUAUACCGGUAUCUCACCCUUAAACCCACUUUUCCCACUCAAAUUGCACGGCCGUCACACCCUCUCUUUCUCUCUCCUCAAAACCCCUCUUCCUCCAUUGAUACUCCCUUCAAUUUCUUCCAAUUUCCACCAUUUUCUCUCCCUUCACCACUAAAGCAAGCUUAUACAUGUUCUCUCAUCUUUCAUCGCCUGAUCUACAGAUAUGUCAGGUCGACGAAGAACCAAGAGGGCCCGUGCACAACCAAAUUCAACCCAUCAAUGGCACGACCACCCUUCUCCCGAAGAACCCAUAAUUCUUGCAUCCCAUCCAAAUUCCACCACUAUUUCCGAUCAAAACCAUACUUCUAACUCCGAUCUUGAGAUUGAGUACAAAUUGUCCGGUGCACGGGGGAGCAAGAGGGGCCGUGCACAACCAACUUCAUCUCAUCAUCAACAUUACCCCUCUUCGGAACCUGAAACGGAUGGUAACCCUUUUAAAUUUAACUUAAAAGAUGCUGAUUUUCCGCUUAUUGAAUUUCGUGAUAAUGAGCAUUUUAAUCGCUUUCAAUGUUUGAAAGUUCGUCGGAUUGUAGCAACUAGGUUUGUUAGUGAUGAAUGUAUUACUGCUUUGGGUAUUAAAUCUGAUUUAGAAUGGUUAUUUGAUCGAGUUGGGUGGACUAAUUUGAUGAUGAAUCAAUAUCAUACUUAUCAGCAGCUUACUCUAGAAUUUUUGAGUUCAUUUCAACAAAAUACUGUUAAAGUUCCUAAAGGACAUGUUCCUGGUGUUUGGUUUAGAAUGUUUAACAGGGAAUACUUUAAAACUUUAGAUGAAUUUGGUGCAUUUUACGGGUUACCGAAAGAGGGUAAUGUACUGUAUUAUAACAGUGAUCCGGGUUUGAUUUGGGGACAAAUUACCGGGUCGAAUGGAUAUAAUCCUCAGUCGUCUAAGGCCUCUCGGAUUCAUAACCCCGUGUUUCGAUAUUUGCAGAGGUUAAUGGCAAGUACUAUUUUUGGGAGACAUGAUAGUCAAGGGACUGUUAGGGAGUGGGAAAUGGAAAUGAUACAAAGCAUGUUGUAUCCGGAUGUUCGUUUGAAUACGGCCUCUUUCAUUGCCCGGCAUUUUCAUGCUGUAGGAAAGUCUAAGAAGAAGAGUCCGAUUGUCAUUGGUGGACUUGUCACUCCUAUUGCUGUUUCUUUAGGGUUUGACUUCGAUCAUAUACAACCGGUUGGCCAUAUUGCCACCCUUGAUAUUCCUAAGCUUGUAAAUAUGGGAUGGUUGCAGGAGGAUGGUGAUAGGUACCGAUGGGUAGUUAAUAAGAAACCCGCAUUCUUUUUGCCUAAUCCUGAGCGGACAACGAUUAGGAACCAAGCUAAUUGGGUAUUUCCCGAAAUCUUUGCAAGUGAUGGAGAGGAAGAGGAGGACGAGGAAAACUGUGAAAGGGAGUACCAAACUAACCCCUCUCCUGUUUUCGUAAGUGAGGAACAUGUAGGUGGUUCUUCCUCCCAGUCCAUUCCAAAUCAGCCUUGUGACUUUGCUACCCUUCAAGCAUCUAUGGAGUCUAUUCGUUCUGGAAUUCAAGAAAUUCACAACUCUCAGCAGUACAUGAACCAACGCCUAGACCAGUUUGAUCAAAUGCUUUACCCCAUAUACAGAUGGCAUGUCCAGCAGGGUCAUAUCAAUCCCAAUACUCUUCCCUACCCCGACCCACACUAUCCACAACCCCAUCUACAACCACCCGGUCCUCCCAGGAAAUAUCUAUCUCACUCUCACUGUACUCUGCACUGAGGAUAGUACUUAUCACAGCAUGUAAGUACUUUGGCAAUUGCUGUGUGGUGUCUUCUGCUGGAGUGCUGGUAGAAAGUAUGGUGCUCUGUCCUUGGUGCACUUCAAUCCUGCAUUAACCUUCAUCAUGGAUGACAAUCUUCGUAUACUUUUGCUUUCAGGCUCUUAGAAGUGCAUUAUCACCUUUAUCGGCCCCCCAGACAAGCUUGAAUGACGAUGGUAUGAUAAAGCUAUUGAACAUCAAGCACCAACUCAUGGAGAUCCUUGAAUAGCUAGGCCUUGAAAGUUGCUUGGAUAAUUUCAGAAAAUCACACUUUAUUCUAGGGCCUGCAAGUUAUUCCAGUGCAAUGGUGCAUAGGGCUGUGCAUUGAUAAGUUUCUGAGAGCAUACAACCACUGCUUAUUGACGACAUAUACAAACUUUAGUGGCAUUAGAGGUUUAGUGCUGUAGAACAGAUAUAUUAUGCAUUCAUGUGCUAAUUUGUUUCCGUAAUUGGCUUAAGGCCACCAUAAGCCUUUAUAUGACCAAUUUAUGGACAUAUAUUUUUCUACAAAGCACUAUAUGACCUCGCUCUCCAAGAAGCAUCCUCCACCAUCAUUUGAGGUUUCGUCACUAGGCAUAUCUUGUUUCUCGGCGAAUACUUUGAUGCUACAGCUUUAGGUGUGCAACUUCUAUAUAGUUUGAAACUUUAUAUGUUAUUUACUGUUAAUGUAUACAUAUAUUGAACAUGGCAUUAUAGUUUUAUGAGUUGAAAAACACUUUGUAUUGAUUUACA